AUGCCCUCCUUAGAGGAUCUUACUCUGUCCUUUUUAAGGCAGCUGGCCGAUGCACUCCCAAGCCCACACCGCCCGCUAGAUACUUCCAAGAGGGCCAGCGGCAAGAAAAUUUUCAUGGGACUGGCGGAUAGACGUAAAGAAUAUACUGCGGGUAACGCCCCUAUGCGAACUCUGGCCAUGCCUCAACGGUCAAGGGGAGUGAGUGCACGGCCGUUUGCACAACUCUUCAAGACAGUUGAUCUCAUGCACGAAGCUCUCCUGGACCAAGUUCCCACAACGAAACGAGAUAUGUACUACAAGGAUGUCGAGUUAUUUGGAUCACAAUCCACGGUUGAUCGACUCGUCGAUGACCUUGCGGCGACUCUCCAAUUGAGCCGCUCCGAUUUGAGCGUGCGGGCAUCCGCCAAGGGGCUAGUAUGUGGGUCAGGGCUCAGAAUACAUCUUCACAGCGGCGAGACUGUGGAGCUGAGUGACAGCGAGCCGGUGCUGAUACCUCUGUCCGAGGACAUAGAACAAUUCGAUGUUGACGAAGGGUUGGCGUGGGUGCUCGUGGUGGAGAAGGAGGCGGUCUUUCAAACUCUGUGCCGGCUCAGGUUGGGCACCCAUCCUCUCCUGCCUGGGAAGGGGCUCGUGAUCACCGGAAAGGGCUACCCGGACGUCGCGACCCGGCAACUCCUGAAUGCGCUCUCGGCGAACUUGCCUCCACACAUCCCUAUUUUGUGUCUCGUGGACGGCGACGCGUACGGAAUCGACAUUCUAUCCGUGUACAAGUUCGGCAGCACCAGUAUGCAGCACGAAAAGGAUCAGCUGGCUGCAGCGCGGAUCCAAUGGCUGGGCCUUUGGUCCAGUGAGCUCGCCGCGCUGGGUAUUCCGAAAGAUGCACUCAUACCGAUCACGAAGCACGAUGAGAAGAAGGCUCGUUCUCUGCUGAAGCGGGAAGGCAUUCCCUCGGACUGGCGAAAGGAACUACAGCGCAUGCUGUUCACGCGCCGUAAGGCUGAGAUCGAGGUUCUCAGCUCUGCCCGGUCAACCGCGGAUUGCGUCGCGGAUCUUGCGCUGAACAGGCAUGGCUACUCCGGAGAACCCAGCAAUCCCGGGAUCCCUCUGCUCCGCUACCUGCUCGCCAAGAUAUCGGCGGCUUGCGGGGAACCGCGCCCUGUCAAUCCGUAG